CUGAAAACAAAAAAUGGUGGAUCGAGAAGAAGAACUUGGAAAAGAAAUUUGUAGCUGCUUCUUGAAGUUCAUCUUCACAGUUGGUCUCUCUUGUCUCGCCAUAUGGCUCUAUCUCCGUGCCGGCAAACCCAAAUGCUCAGUCCAAAACUUUUACGUUCCCGCCCUCAACAAAACUCUGAACUCACGUGACAAUACCACUCUCAGCUUCAUGGUUCGUUGUGACAAUCCAAACAAAGUCCUAGGAAUCUACUACGACGAUGUCCACCUUACAUUCUUCACCACCAACACGACAACCAAGUCCAACUCCUCUGCUCUUGUCUUUGUCGGUAACUACACAGUGCCUAAGUUCUACCAAGGGCACAAGAAGAAGGCCAAGAAGUGGGGUCAAGUAUUGCCUUUGAACAACCAGACGGUUCUACGAGCGGUUUUGCCUAAUGGGUCGGCGGUUUUCAGGUUAGAUCUGAAGACUCGAGUGAGAUUCAGGAGUGUGUUUUGGAAAACGAAGAGCCGUGGGAUUAAUGUGGGUGCUGAUGUCGAAGUCAACGGUGAUGGAGUUAUAGCUCAAAAGAAAGGGGUUCAAAUGAAGAAAUCUAUUUUGACAAAGUACAAUAUGACUGACGAAUGGAUUGUUGUUGGUGCUGAUGAUCUUGGUGGUGGAUCCGAAGAUCGUAAGAAAGGGACUAAAAUGAUGAAAUCUGAUUCUUCUUUUCCAUUAUCAAGAAUCUCUUCCCCGAUUUGUGUUUUGAUGAAUUUACUAGUCUUCGUUACCAUUCAUUAA